AUGGCUGAUGUGAAACCGAAGUUUGUAUCACCUGCAGCUCGUCAUUUGAUUCUCACAAAACGAGAGGAAUUUCCGAACUUAAGUGAGAAAUCGGAUUUUUUCUCAUCGGAAAAAUUUGAUGAAUAUACUUCCGAGCUUUGA